AUGUCCUCCUGCACCACUUGCAGCAAGCCAGCCUCCGAGGUCCCCCUGAAGCGGUGUGCCAAGUGUACACUCACCGAAUAUUGUUCCCGCGAGUGCCAAAAACAGGACUGGAAAGCUCACAAGAAGAUCUGCGGCAAGCCAGGCCAGCCAGGGGCCGAAGGACGCCCCUUUGCCAACAGCAUGCAUUCCCAGCCUCACAUGGAGGGUAAGAACUCCUUCGGCCAACUCAACCAAGGUUCCUGGCUGCAUGGCCGCCCGGAAAAAGAAGUCUACAAACUACUCGUCGAUGUAUACCGCCUCCGCGCUGAUGACCAAUACAAAUUUGAAGGAGACGCCGAUGAGGAUGGCCUCUACGGUGGCGCCAGGGACUCCAUCGAACCUUUUCGCCGCUUCCUAAAGGACGUUGAGAGCAAGUCUGAAUUGCUGCCGGCGUGGUGGAAUGAGGAGAAGGCCAAGGCAUGCAUUGAGUUGGGAUCCUCGGGUGGAUGGUCCAGCCUGCGUUCGGCCGUCGAGAAAUCAGAUAUUAUCGACCAUUAUGGCGACGGGUUUCUUCCUAUGCAGAUGCGUAUGUUUGGCGAGUCUGUGUAUGGGCACGCGCCCGGAGCGGCGAGCGGGGCUGGUGCGAGGAUCCAGCAGCUGAUGAUGGCAGGUGGAAGCAUGAUGAUGUAA